UUCUUCAAAUUGGAGUGCUCUCUUUUGAAGAAUUGUAAAUAUAUAUUAUAAUGGCUAAAUUUUUUCUGUUAUUUGUGUUUGUUUUUGCUAGUCAAGUGAUUGGUGGAUUGAAUACAAAGCUACCAUCUCCUUCAUAUGGAAAUACAAUAAGUAUUCUGAGUAUUGAUGCAGGUGGUAUUAAGGGAAUUCUUCCAACUGUUGUUCUUGAGCACUUGGAAUAUGCACUUCAGAUUGUGUCAAGAGAUGAAAAGGCAGCACUAGCAGACUAUUUUGAUGUGAUAGCAGGAACAAGUAUGGGAGGAAUCAUUACUGGAAUGCUAACUACUCCUAACCCUAAUGACAAUUCACGUCCUUUGUUUACUACUAAUCAAAUCUUACGAUUCUUCUUGGAUUUUGGUCCUUCUAUAUUCAACCUAACUUCUGCUAAUAAUUGGGAUCAUGAUACUAGAAAUGCCAAGUUUGACGGCAAGUUCUUGUAUGAAAAAAUACGCGAGCUUUUGCAAGAAACACGUCUGCAUGAAACAUUGACCAAUGUUGUAAUUCCAACUUUUGAUAUCUUGGACUUACACCCAGUUAUCUUCUCAAGCUUUAAGCUAAAGACUAUUGCUAGCUUAGAUGCAAAACUUUCUGAUAUAUGUCUUGGGACUUCAGCUGCACCAUAUGAAGUACCACCCUAUAGCUUUAAGAAUGGUGAUAAGGAAUUCAAUCUAGUUGAUGGGAUUCUCACUGCAGCUAGUCCGGCCUUGCUUGCCGUAAGUGAAGUGAUACAACAACUGAAUGAGAAGAAUUCUGAUUUUGUUUCUAUAAAAGCAAACGAGCCUAUUAAAAUCGUGUUGCUGUCAUUAGGAACGGGAACUGAUGUAGAGAAAAAAGGGAUUCCUGCUUCUUUGGCACAGUCCCUUACCUAUAACGAAUGGCUACCCGUAUUAGCUGCUGAUUAUUCUGUAUCUGCUGGAAAAGUGAAUGACUAUCAUCUUGAAUCAGUGUUUCCAAGUGAUUCAUCUUCUUCAGACAAUUAUUACCUUCGAAUUGAGGAGUAUAAUUUGGAUUCAGCCAUAGCUCCUGAUGAUGCUUCUAAAGAAAAGGUGGAAAAGCUUUUAAAGACCGGAGAUGAUUUGCUCAAACAGUUUGUUAAGGUUAUGAAUGUAACUUCUUUUCUUCCAUACGAGAAACCGAGUGAGGGUACAAAUGCAGAAGCUCUUGAAAGGUUGGCUGAAAUUCUGUACAAUGAGAGGCAGCUGCGUUUGAAAAGAAAAUCGAUGGAAAAACAAGGACGACCAUUCAUUGAAGCUAUUCCUUCUACUUUCCAGAUGACUUAAAUGCCAUGGACAUGCUUUGUACUAUGUUGCAAGAUCUCUCUAUCGAUGGUGUGAAAUAAAUAAAAUAAUGGAUAUGUGUGUGUUUUUCUAGUUUGUUGUUUUUCUUUCAAAUGUAUCGAGUCCUAUUAAUUAUAAGGGUGUGUGGGGGUAUGGUUUUAAAUUGCGGUCCGCAAUCGCAUUUGUGGCUGCAAUAUUGCUGAUGCGGUAGCCUUCACAUCCGCAUCGGAUCACAAUUGCGGUGUGAUUUGUAAUCACACGUUCAACAAUACUAGAAUUCGCAUCAAACACCUUCACCCAUGUUUCUUCACAUAUUUUCAUCAUAACUCAACAUUUGAGAACCCAUAAACUCAAUUUACAUGUGAUUUGUAAUAUAAAAUAUUAACAUUAAGUGUUCUUAAUGGUGUAUUUCAAAUAUUUCUUAAUUUAAAUUCACGCCGCAACGGUCGCAAUGCGCAUUGCAGCAACCGCAAGGACCGCAAUUGCAACACCCGCAACCUCAACCGCAUCUGCAGCCGCAAUUUAAAACCAUGGUGUGUGGCUUUGAUUUACUAGAAUAAGAGGAAUGAUUUGACUACACUUUGUACUACUCAUGCUUGGUUAAAUAUGCAAUCCCUUCUUCAAUGUAAGCGAGAUUCGAUUUACUCCCAGUAAAAAGAAAACUUGGAUUUUGAAUCCAGUACCAUAACCUUCCUCAUACAAUGACACCUUACCACUAGGCCAACUACUUCAACUUAUUAAUAAUUCA